CCCGUGCCCAGCAGCAUGAGCCUGUGCCACGGGGUGGGCUACAGCGAGAUGCGGCUGCCCAACCUGCUGGGCCACGACACCAUGAAGGAGGCCCUGCAGCAGGCGGCCUCCUGGGUGCCCCUCUUGACCAAGCAGUGCCACCGGGAGACCAAGAAGUUCCUCUGCUCGCUCUUCGCCCCCGUCUGCAUCAGCCAGGUGGAGGAGCCCAUCUUCCCCUGCCGCUCCCUCUGCGAGGCCGUCCGGGACAGCUGCCUGCCCGUCAUGGCCGCCUUCGGCUUCCCUUGGCCCGAAAUGCUCAACUGCAGCCGCUUCCCUGGGGGCAACGAGCUCUGCAUCCCCCCGGUGGGCCCCGAAGACCAGGAGCAGCCCCCGCGAGAAGCUCUGAAGAUGACCAUCAAAUCCUUCUCCGGCGUCGGGGGUGACCUGAAAGUCAUCCCGGAGCUCCGCGGCCGGACCCUUUACAAGCAGGCCAGCUGGUCCGAAGAGGAGCGGAAGAAGCCGGUCCUGUGGCUGCCGGAGGGCGAGGCCUGCUCCUGCGAAGAGCUGGCUGAGGGGCCGGGCACGGUGGUCCUGGCCAUGGGGCACCGUCUCAGCAACCGCCUGGUCCUCUCCUGGGUCCGGAGAUGGAAGCACGGGGAGAAGGAGCUGAAGAGGUUCUCCAGGGCGGUGCGGAAGCUGCAGUGUUAGCAGGGGGGGGGGCUCCUCGAUGCCCAUCAUCCUCUGCCCGCUGUGGACCUUUGGGGUGGAAGCCGGGCCUGCCCCAAACCUUGCAGG